AAUGCGGCUACCCAUGAUGCUCAGCGCGGCCUAGCAGUAAGAUGGCGGACGCUAUGGCUGAGUAUGAGAGAGAUGCUGGAUGUGUUCCUGUUCUUCACCCUGAGGAGCUGAAGCCUCAGAGUCACUAUAAUCAUGGUUACAAUGAGAACGUCAGCCGCAAAAAUCACGUGGACGACUAUAGCACCUGGGACAUUGUUAAAGCCACACAGUACGGUAUAUUUGAGCGGUGUCGUGAGCUGGUAGAAGCAGGGUACGAUGUUCGUCAGCCUGAUAAAGAAAAUGUCACGCUUUUACACUGGGCUGCUAUUAACAACCGCAUCGACUUGGUCAAAUACUACAUAUCGAAGGGUGCCAUCGUGGACCAGCUGGGAGGAGAUCUGAACUCCACCCCACUGCAUUGGGCUACCAGGCAGGGGCAUCUGUCUAUGGUAGUUCAGCUGAUGAAACUGGGGGCGGAUCCAUCUUUAAUUGAUGGUGAGGGCUGCACCUGUGUCCACCUAGCAGCUCAGUUUGGCCACACCUCCAUUGUUGCUUAUCUCAUUGCUAAAGGACAGGAUGUUGAUAUGAUGGACCAGAAUGGAAUGACUCCUCUGAUGUGGGCAGCGUAUCGCACACAUAGUGUGGACCCAACGCGUUUGUUGUUGACGUUUAAUGUUUCGGUGAAUCUGGGUGAUAAAUAUCAUAAGAACACAGCACUGCACUGGGCGGUUCUCGCAGGAAACACCACUGUAAUCAGCCUGCUGCUCGAAGCUAACGCUAACGUAGACGCACAGAACAUAAAGGGAGAGACGGCGCUGGACUUAGCCAAACAGAGGAAAAAUGUGUGGAUGAUAAAUCACUUACAGGAGGCAAGACAGGCGAAAGGCUAUGAUGCACCAUCGUACCUCAAACGCCUAAAAAUGGACAAGGAGUUCCGGCAGAAGUUGAUGUUGUUCACACCUUUUGUUGUGAUCUGGUUGGUGGGAUUCAUCGCUGAUUUAGAUGUCGACUCGUGGCUCAUUAAGGGACUGAUGUAUGCGGCAGUUUGGAUCACCGUGCAGUUCCUGUCCAAGUCUUUCUUUGAUCACUCCAUGCACAGUACGCUUCCUCUGGGCAUUUAUUUGGCCACAAAGUUCUGGAUGUACAUCACUUGGUUCUACUGGUUCUGGAAUGAUCUUCCUUUCAUCUCCAUCCAUCUGCCCUUCCUGCUCAACAGUCUCGCACUCUUCUACAACUUUGGCAAAUCCUGGAAAUCUGAUCCAGGCAUCAUUAAAGCCACAGAAGAGCAGAAGAAGAAGACUAUAGUGGAGCUGGCUGAAUCAGGCAGCUUGGACCUCAGUAUAUUCUGCAGCACGUGUUUAAUACGGAAGCCCAUCAGGUCCAAACACUGUGCUGUGUGUAACCGCUGCAUCGCCAAGUUUGAUCACCAUUGCCCCUGGGUGGGAAACUGUGUGGGAAGUGGAAAUCACCGCUACUUCAUGGGUUACCUGUUCUUCCUGCUGUGUAUGAUCUGCUGGAUGAUAUACGGCUGCAUCUGCUACUGGAGGCUGCACUGCUCGAGCAGCUACAGCACAGAUGGAUUGUGGGUAUUUAUCACUCAGAUCUCAUCCUGCUCUCCCUGGAUGUUCUGGAUGUUCCUCAACAGUGUGUUCCACUUCAUGUGGGUGUCAGUGCUCAUCAUGUGUCAGCUUUACCAGAUUGCUGGUCUUGGCAUCACCACUAAUGAGCGGAUGAACGCAAGACGCUACAAACACUUUAAAGUCACAGCGACGUCCAUUGAGAGUCCUUUCAAUCAUGGCUGUGUGAGGAACCUGAUUGAUUUCUUCGAGCUGCGUUGCUGUGGGCUGCUGAGGCCGACACAUGUCGACUGGACCGCCCAGUACACCAUUGAGUAUGACCAAUCAUCUGGCUCAGGCUACCAGCUCGUCUAACACACACGCGCACACACACACACACACACACACACACACACACACACACACAUACAUACUGUGUGUUAGUGAAGAAGGAGUGGACGAGCCUCAGCCUUUGGAACGGGAUCAAGACCUCACUUCAGCUGGAACUGCUUCAUCAAGAGACUACAGGACGGACACACACACACACACACACACACACACACACACACAUGGAGCAGUCCCAUUUGAUUGGUAGAUUCAUAGUUGCAUUUCUGUCUUGCUUCAUCUUUUCACUGACUUUUUACAACUUUAGUGUGGGGUUGUGGGUGGGUGGUGUGUGUGUGUGGUGGGUGGGUGGGGUGGGUGGGGUUGUGUUUGUGGGUGGGUUAGGUGUGAUAUUGGUUCUCGCAGCACCGCCUCCAGUGAUUCACUCAAGCGCAUAAUUUAAAGAAAAGCCCAGUGAUUGGCUGUAAAAUUAAAGGCGUGAUGUGGGAAAGGGCUGAGUCACACUGCAGCUUGCAGAGUCUGAGAGAGUCAUGUGAUCGUCAUUAUGAUGGACGUGCACGUGUUAUAGUUGAGUGUCACAGCGAGGAGGUUUUAUUCAUAAUGUGACCAUAUUUAUUUUAAAGCUAUUUAAUAUAACUGAUAUCAUGUGUUGUUUGUUUUAUUGUUUUUAAUGUGUGAGUGAGUGUGUGAGAAGUUCUCACACUCAUUGUUGUUUAAAAUCUGUUUUAAAUUCAGUCAUUAUGAGGAACUGCGAUGAGGCUCCGCCCACUCUCAUGCACUGAAACAUUUUGCCCAUCGUUACCUGGUGAUCUUCAGAUGGAGAUGUUGCCUCGGUAACACUCCUCCAUUUCCUGUUUGAUCUUGGACUCUGAUGUAAAAAUGUGUAAAUACGGCUGAGUUUCUGUCUGUGAGAUUCGUUUUUGUUAUUGUAAGAGUUCGUUAAAGCUGCUCCUCCAAUUGCAUUUUAUUUUCUACUUUAAACUGUAAAAGCCUGUAAUAUACGCUGUGUGUGUGUGAGAGAGAGAGAGCGCGCGCAAAAGAAGGCGUCUCGCUGCAUGAGCGACGUUCACACUAAUCUGUACAGUGAAUGUUCAGUAUUUACACGUCCUUUACUUUUUAUUUUUUUACAUUUCAGACACUGUGCACGUUAGAGAGAGAGAGUGUGUAUUUGAGAGUGUGUAUGCCUUUGUGCACAUCAGCCCUGUGCAUUUGUGAUGCAUUUAAAUGUUUCAUAUUAAUAAUCAAAUUUUGUUUUGUUAUUUUUGCUGGACUUGUUUUUCCACUGGAUGUAAAAAAUGUAGAACAAAAUCAGUUACUGUAAAGAGCGUGUGUGUGUGAGAAAGAAGGCAUUGUUACAAUAAUGAGUAUAUCGUCUCCUUGUCAUUUCCCUCAUUGUGUGCAAAGUCAUUUUCACCUCAAGCUUCAGCAUGACUUCAUUUUACCGGCUUUAAUAAAAAAUAAAUAAAAUAAACUCCA